CCCGCCGGUACCGCAUUGCCGUACUGCAGGGGCGCCGUGCACUGCGCCCGCUCCGUCAAUAGGUGGACCCCCUCCUGGAGAGAUAAAACCGCCGGCGCCGGCGCCACCAGUCCCUCUGGCUGAGACCUCGGCUCUGGAAUCACUGCUCAGCAGCCCCCCCACCCUGAGCCACAGCGCUCCAGGCCGUUCCAGCCCUUCCCCGCACCCCGGGCAGAAUGGGCAAGGAGAAGACCCAUAUCAACAUUGUGGUCAUUGGCCACGUGGACUCCGGCAAGUCCACCACGACAGGCCACCUCAUCUACAAGUGUGGAGGCAUCGACAAGAGGACCAUUGAGAAGUUUGAGAAGGAGGCCGCAGAGAUGGGGAAGGGCUCCUUCAAGUACGCCUGGGUGCUGGACAAGCUGAAGGCCGAGCGGGAGCGCGGCAUCACCAUCGACAUCUCCCUCUGGAAGUUCGAGACCACCAAGUACUACAUCACCAUCAUCGACGCCCCCGGCCACCGCGACUUCAUCAAGAACAUGAUCACCGGCACAUCCCAGGCGGACUGCGCGGUGCUGAUCGUGGCUGCAGGAGUGGGCGAGUUUGAGGCGGGCAUCUCCAAGAACGGGCAGACCCGCGAGCACGCGCUGCUGGCCUACACGCUGGGCGUGAAGCAGCUCAUUGUGGGGGUCAACAAGAUGGACUCCACGGAGCCCGCCUACAGUGAGAAGCGUUACGACGAGAUCGUCAAGGAGGUCAGCGCCUACAUCAAGAAGAUCGGCUACAACCCAGCCACUGUGCCGUUUGUGCCCAUCUCAGGCUGGCACGGAGACAACAUGCUGGAACCCUCACCCAACGUGAGUGUCCAUGGACAGGCAGUGGGGGCUGCUCGGACCCCUCCCUGAGAACCCAGGGUACUG